ACUUUUAUUUUGGUAUGGCGAUGUGACGUCAUAAGCCUGCGCUCCCGCGUCUGUGAUUCGGCUGAAGUAAGGAAUGGACCUAAUGCUGCAGCACCCACCUUAAUCCGGCCCUGCUUCCUUACCAGUGUGCUGACUAAGACAAAGUGUCCAAACACUGAAAAUCUCCUGAAGCAGCUGAGAUCCACGUGACACACGAUUAUAAAGAUGGAGUUUAUUAAAGAGGAGAGUGAAGAAACAUUCAGAGUCAAACAUGAAGAUACUGAGACAGAAACACUGAAGGAGUUUAUUAAAGAGGAGAGUGAAGACGUGAAGAUUGAAGAAACAUUCAGAGCCAAACAUGAAGAUACUGAGGAACAAACAGACUUAACAGUGCUGAAAGAGGAGAGGGAAGGACUGAACGAAACUGAAGAGAAAGAUCUUCAUGAUUUCAUAACUGAUGAAAAAUAUUUUUCUUCCUUACAGUCUGAAAAGACUUGCAAGCGAAAAAAAGCUAAAAAGACAAAAAAUAAGAGUUAUUUCCCUUGCCUUCAGUGUGGAAAGAGGUUCACUCGAAAAGGAAACCUUAUCAAGCACAUGAGAGUUCAUACUGGAGAGAAGUCUUUCAUCUGCCAACAGUGUGGAAAGAGUUUCAGCCAACAAGGAAACCUUAAAAACCACAUGAGAAUUCACACUGGAGAGAAACCUUACAACUGCAAACAGUGUGGAAAGAGUUUCACUCUAAAAGGAAACCUUAACAAGCACAUGAAGGUUCACAUUGGAGAGAAUACUUUCACAUGUUGUCAGUGUGGAAGAUGUUUCAGUAAUCCUGGAGACCUUAGAGUCCACUUGAGAGUUCACCUUGGAGAGAACCCUUUUAUCUGUGAACAGUGUGGAAGAAGUUUCAGCACAAAUGUAAAACUCGCAUACCACAUGAAAGUUCACAAUGGAAACAGACCUUUCACCUGCAAUAUCUGUGGGAAAAGUUUCAGGCAAAAACAAAACCUUUAUGCCCACAAGCCAAUUCAUACUUUGGAGAGACCUUUUACCUGUCAACAGUGUGGAAAGAGUUUCACUCGGAAACAUGUGCUUAAAAUGCACAUGAACAUUCACACUGGAGAGAAGCCUUACACAUGCCCUCAGUGUGGAAAUAGUUUUACUAAAAAAGGAAACCUUGACAUGCACAUGAAAAUUCACACUGGAGAGAAGCCGUUCACAUGCUAUCAUUGUGGAAAGAGUUUCAGUCAUUCUGGAUCCCUUAAACGCCACAUGAAAAUUCAUGAUAGAAAGAAGCCCAACAGAUCCCCACAGUGUGGAAAGGGUUUCAGUCUACCUAACCUUACCAGGCACAUGGAAGUUCGUAAAGAAGAGAAGCCUGACAGCUCUGAAUCAAACAACUUGAAUCAAAGUGGAGAAAAUAGGAAAAUUCACACUACAUUGAGCCGUUUUUCCUGCCAACAGUGUGGAAAGAGUUUCAGUCAAAAAGGAAACUUUGACAUGCACAUGAGGGUUCAUACUGGAGAAAAGCCUUACACGUGUAAACAGUGUGGAAAGAGUUUCAGUCAAAAGGGAAGCUUUAAAACGCACAUGAGAGUUCACACUGGAGAAAAGCCUUACAUGUGUAAACAGUGUGGAAAUGGUUUCAAUCAACAAGGAAACCUUGACAGGCACAUGAAAAUACACAAUAAAGAGAAGCCUAACGGAUCCCCUCAAUGUGAAAAGAGUUUGAAUGAAAAUGUUCAAAAUGGAUAGUUCUGGUCCUUGAUUCUGAUUGGUUGUGCCACAUUCCAGGCUGUUGUAAAUACACCUCAUAGUUAAAUAAAUUUAUGCAUUUAGCAGAUGCUUUUAUCCAAAGCGACUUAAAGUGCAUUCAGGCUAUCAAUUUUAACCUAUCAUGUGUUCCUGGGGAAUCAAACCCCCAACCUUGUGCUUGAUAAAGCUCUACCAGUUGAGCUACAGGAACACUUAGUUGCCUUGUGUUGUUUGGCAAUCUUUUUGUUACAACCACAACUACACUGUUUGGCAGUAACAAUGUUUCUUAAUGGCAUUACAUUUCAUUUAAUUUUCUUUGUUUUAUUUUGUGAAACCUUGCUACGUAUAUGGAAUAACCAUUUUAUGAAAGCAGUAAGCACCAUGAAGCCAAGGUUAACAGUGAAUUUAUGACUGCUAAGUAGGUUAUAAAUUAAACUGUUAUAAAUUCAAUGCAAACCAUGGAUUGUUGUGGUUUAUUGCUGUAGUAAACCUUGACGUCCACAGGUAAAUUUACAUUAUGGAGUAUGAAAAUAUUGAAAUAUUUCAGGUCUUUUAUUGUUUUAAUACUGAUGAUUUUGGCAUACAGCUCAUGAAAACCCAAAAUUCCGAUCUCAAAAAAUUAGCAUAUCAUGAAAAGGUUCUCUAAACGAGCUAUUAACCUAAUCAUCUGAAUCAACUAAUUAACUCUAAACAACUGCAAAAGAUUCCUGAGGCUUUUAAAAACUCCCAGCCUGGUUCAUUACUCAAAACCGCAAUCAUGGGGUAAGACUGCCGACCUGACUGCUGUCCAGAAGGCCAUCAUUGACACCCUCAAGCGAGAGGGUAAGACACAGAAAGACAUUUCUGAAUUAAUAGGCUGUUCCCAGAGUGCUGUAUCAAGGCACCUCAGUGGGAAGUCUGUGGGAAGGAAAAAGUGUGGCAAAAAAAAAACGCUGCACAACGAGAACAGGUGACCGGACCCUGAGGAAGAUUGUGGAGAAGGACCGAUUCCAGACCUUGGGGGACGUGCGGAAGCAGUGGACUGAGUCUGGAGUAGAAACAUCCAGAGCCACUGUGCACAGGCGUGUGCAGGAAAUGGGCUACAGAGAAGCAAAGAAAAGAAAUGAAAUUUUUUGAGAUAAAAAAAAUGACACUUGUCAUUUAGACCUGCUUUACAGUAGAAUUGGAAUUUCCUUGUGCAGUAUUUGGACCAGUUACACAAUUAUUUGUCAUAAUAAAUGAUCAUUAAACCAGAAAUCAAUAUCAUUGAAUUGAUAUGUUGAUGGUCUAAAUGUGAGUGUGUAUUAUAUAUUGUAAUGGAGUUCUUCAAUACAGUUAAUUCUUUAAUACAUUUUCAGUAAGCAAAUUAUGAGAAUAAAAGUGUGUUGGUGUGUGACAGGAGGACCUUCAUCCAAGGAUAGAAAAUUAUGAACAAAUCUAAGAAUGCAGUUACAUGAUUCUAGAACUGGUCACCACCACUGAAAUAUCCUCAUUGCCGUAGAGAGAAAACCUUCUGAGAGAUCAGGCAAUACAAGAGGAAGAAUGCCCUCUCUUAACUGUCACACACACUGCAGCAUCUAGACUGUAAGGUAAAGAUUACUUGGCCUUUCUAGCAAGAAAAUAAACCAUCUUAAAGACAUCA